UGAUUAUGAGAUGAAGACUGUAAAAUCAUAUGUCCAAAACAUAGGAUCCAAGUCUAUCUAAUAAAGCUUUAAAAACUGAUCUAGGGCCAUUUCCCAAAUGACUUGGACAUACAUAGAGGAAACAGGUAGAAAGCCUAGAACAUUGUUAGCAAAUGAUUUUAACAAUUGGUAUUAAGACCCACUGGGCUAAGGCUUAGUUUUGUAUCCAGUCUAUUAAAUAUUAAUAGCAAUCUCACGUCACGUCAAUAAUUGCUAGAGAAUAAUAUUGCAAAUGAAAUGAAAAUGCUAUGACAGAUGCUUUAUGAAGAUCCGGAAACCUGGAAUGAUUGAGAAAAAGAGAAGAUAAUUGGGUAGAGCAAACGUAUACCUAAGAAACGUCAGCACCCAAAUAAAAUCGUCUCAUUCUAAUACUAUUUGUUUUAAAGCAAUUUGCAAAGUUUUUAAAUUAAUUACUCGUAGAAACAUACAAGAAGUACAGGUGGUGGACCAUCACGUCAUACAUGAGAGCAGAUUCAGCACUCCAUAGCCCAUAGGAUUUAUAAUGUGACACUUGGGAGGAGAAAGAUAAAAGAAAAAGAAAGCAAGAAUCUCUGUUUCAACUUCAAUGGCACUCUUGAAUGCUAUCUUCUCUGUUACUCAUUUUGCUUCUUCCUCCAUCAUCAGAUGUCAUGCUAGUUUACCCGCUCAAACUUUAACUCCAGAUCUAUCCCCUGCUUGCUUCAGUGAUCGUCGCAAGUUCUUUCAAGCUGUAAUGCCUCUAUCCACUAGGAGUACAAGAAACCGCGUAUAUGCUUCAAUUAACAGCACUGAUGCCACUACUCCAUCUUAUCCGAAAAUGGAAGAUGAUGAGGAGGAGGAGGACUUGGUUCCAAAGCCAAUGGUUUUGAUAGACCAGGAUGCUGACCCUGAAGCUACAAUUGUUCAACUCAGUUUUGGAGAUCGUCUCGGAGCUCUCAUCGACACAAUGAAGGCGCUGAAAGAUUUGGGAUUGGAUGUUAUAAAAGGAACUGUCACAACUGAAGGAUCCAUUAAGCAGACUAGAUUUUCUAUUACAAAACUAGACACUGGUCGGAAAGUGGAAGAUCCUGACUUGUUGGAGCAGAUUCGGUUGACAAUCAUCAACAAUCUCUUGAAAUAUCAUCCGGAAUGCAGCGAGCAACUUGCAAUGGGUGAGACUUUUGGAAUAAAAGCGCCAGAGAAGAAGAUUGAUGUCGACAUCGGGACUCACAUACAUGUGAAAGAAGAUGGACCAAAGAGGAGCUUGCUUUGCAUAGAGACAGCAGAUAGGCCAGGUCUGGUUGUAGAGAUGAUUAAAGUGAUGGCAGAUGUCAACAUAGACGUUGAAUCCGCAGAGAUAGACACUGAAGGGCUGGUUGCGAAAGACAAGUUUCACGUAAGCUACCAAGGGCAAGCGCUUAACAGUUCCUUGUCACAGGUAUUGGUGAACUGUCUGCGUUACUUCCUGAGAAGGCCUGAAACUGACAUCGACAGCUAUUAAACAAAAAAACUGUUACUCUCUCCUUUACCAAAUCGUAUCUGUUACGAUCUAUCAAGUCUUCUGUAUUUCAGUAUUAUGUGAAAAUAUUUCUGUCUGGAUAACUAACUAAACCAUUGGGGGCUAAAGAAUAAAAUAUGGUUUGGUUUUUAAGUCA